AUGGCACAGAAACCUCAAAGAGGAGGACAGAUUCAUUCAGUAGAGUCGGAAUCGGAUUCAGAUGUGUUUGCAUUUAUUCUGAAAACAUCGGACAAUUCGUCAGACAAAGUUACGGUCAGUCUUGGGGGACAUCCAGUGGAAUUCGUUAUAGAUAGUGGUGCAUCAGCCAAUAUUAUAGACAAAGAACUGUGGGAAGCUCUCAAGAAGAAACGCCUAAAAUGUUAUUCUGAAAAGUGUGAGAAGAAACUCUAUGCAUAUAGUUCUACAGAACCACUGAAAUUGUUAGGAAAAUUUCGAACACAUACCUUGAUCGAGGAAACAGGCAAUGGUAGUGAAGAAGAAUUCUAUGUGUUGAAUGGAAAAGGACCAGCACUGCUAGGCAAAGAUACCGCUAUGAAUCUAGCAGUUCUUAAACUUGGUGUCAACAGUGUACAAUCAUUUGACAUUGUUCGUGAAUACCCAGAGUGUUUCCAAGGAAAAGGAAAGCUGAAAAACUUUAAGUUAAAGCUGCAUAUUGAUCAGGAUGUAAAACCUUUUGCGCAAGCUAUGUACAGGAUUCCAUACAGUUUGAGAGAGAAAGUUGGAGAGCAACUUGAUGACCUUGAAUCUCAGGAUAUCAUUGAGAAAGUGAAUUCUCCUACACCUUGGGUCAGUCCAGUCAUUAUUGUACCGAAAUCCAAUGGUGACAUCAGAUUGUGUGUUGACAUGAGACAAGCCAUUGCUGCGAUUAUUCGUGAAAGACACCCUAUUCCGACUGUGGACGAAAUACUCUACAAUGUGAAUGGUAGUGAAGUGUUUAGCAAGUUGGACCUUAGAAGUGGAUACCAUCAGAUUGAGUUGGAGGAAUCUUCAAGGGAGAUCACUACAUUUGUAACAUACAAAGGCCUGUAUAUAUAUAAAAGACUGAUGUUUGGUAUUUCAUCAGCACCAGAAAAAUAUCAGCAAGUGAUUUCACAAGUAUUUCAUGAUUGUGAGGGAGUACAAAACAUUUCAGAUGAUAUUGUGAUCCAUGGGCGUGACAAAGCAGAACAUGAUAAAAGACUUUGA